UGUAGUUAGGAGAUUCGGCAGGGAUUACUGCGAUUUGACAAUGGCGGCGGGGCUUACUUCUUUGCAGUUCGUGCUUUUCGCAACCGUGUUCGGAUCCCGAAGCUUCGGAAGUUGCAGGCCGUACGCGACCUACUAUUCGAAGAAUGGAACACGUUGUACGGCCAGUGGCUCCGGCUUGUUUAAAGUGAUUGAUUCACAUUUGCACGUCUGGGCGACGCCUGAACAGGCUGCGAAGAACUACCCGUAUUUUCCAGGUAAGGAGCCGUCGGUGCCGGGGAAUGUGGAAUUGCUGCUCAAGAAUAUGGAAGAGGCUGGUGUAGAUGGUGCCUUCAUAGUGCAGCCCAUAAAUUAUAUGUUCAACCAUUCCUAUGUAUCGAGCGUGUUGAAGAAGUAUCCUUCGAAAUUUAUUGGUUGUUGUCUCGCCAAUCCAGCUGAGGAUGGGACGGGGAUCAAACAGCUGGAAGAACUUAUUUCCAAGGAUGGUUAUCGUGCCGUGCGAUUCAACCCGGAAUUGUGGCCGUCUGGUCAGUCGAUGACAAAUAAGAUCGGGAAGGCCAUGUUCGCGAAAGCUGGGGAGCUCGGAGCUGCAGUUGGUUUCCUAUUAAUGAAGGGUCUCGAACACUAUAUAUCAGAUAUCGAAGAACUCUGCACAGAAUUUCCUUCUACAACCGUACUCCUCGACCAUUUGGCUUUUUGUAAACCCCCAACAAACCCCGAAGAAGAACAAGUGUUUUCGAAACUGCUAAACCUGUCCAGAUUUCCACAAGUUUAUGUAAAAUUCAGCGCUCUAUUCAGAUUGUCGCGACGCCCAUAUCCAUACUCCGACCUUUCUGAUGUUUUAGCCAAAUUGGUCAGCAGCUAUGGUGCGAAUCGAGUCAUGUGGGGAAGCGACUUCCCUUUCGUCGUAGAACAGAGUGGCUAUAAAAAUGCCAAAGAAGCAGUGCAAUUGCUUGUCCAGCAGGCGCAGCUAUCGACUUCUGAUAAGAAAUGGAUCAUGGGGCGAAGUGUCGAUCGAGUCUUUAGCUGCGGGUGGUCUUCUUGACCCGACCAG